AUGAUCUCCUAUCGCAAGCGAUGUGCAGUCGUACAACUUGUCCCCGCCGUACGAUCGAAGGCGUCGGCGUCGCGUCCGUACAGUGACUGCUGUAACUGCGAUCCUUUCUUUCCCUGCGUCGUGCAGAGCGAUGCAGUUUGGUUGACUGCGGCGCUUCAGCUCAUCGGAUCUGCGCAAUCCUAUGAUCGUGGCACAAUGAGGCUGCUCCUUGUGCUCGUGGUGGCGCUCUUGACAGGUUCCUCGGGCUUUCUCUGGAACAACCGCCGCCCUGUGUCAGUCGCGGAAGCUGUCACGUAUGUGGUGGGCGGGAAAAAGGGCUGGCCAGCAGUCGCUACUUGGAAAAAACCUGAGCUGUUUGCGAGAGAUGUGCUGGUUUUCAAAUGGAAACCCCGCAGAACGAGGAAUGCUAUAAUCGGCCAGAAGCACAACCUUGCAUUGGCAGUGCCAGCUGGCAUGGAGGCUGCGCCAUCCCGCGGGGCCAUGCCUCCUCCUCGCGCUCCCGCCGAUGCCAAGCCUCCGCCUUCCGCGAAUUCCGCUUCUUCCGCGAAUUCCGCGCUUCCCGCUCCUUCCGUGGCGAUGCCUCCUCCUCCCGCGCGGGCCAAGGGGAAAGCAAGAUCAGAAGGGGGAAUCGCGGAAGGGGAGACUCCGGAGGGGAGCGGAGAGGGGUUAAAUAGGGAAGGGGGCACUCCGAAGGUUGUCCGCAGGGAAGGCGCAAGUGAAGGGGAUGAUCCGCGCGGAAGCACAGCCGAGGGGGAGAGCACUGGCGGAAGCGCGGGAAAAGAGCAUGAGAUCCGGGAAGGGGGGGAGCCUGCUGAAGUGGAGGUGGUGAAGGAUGGCACCGUUGCCGAGGAGAUGGACGUUGCUGCCAAGAGCGCGUACAUGUUUGGCCGCAUCGACCGCUGUGACUUUGUGCUGCAGCACCCCUCCAUCUCCCGCUACCAUGCUGUGAUCCAGUACGGGGAGGACAGCGCUGCGUUUCUCAUGGACCUCCACAGCACGCACAAGACGUUCCUCAACAAGCAGCAGGUCAAGCCAGGCACGUUUGUUCCUCUAAGGGUUGGUGACGUCAUCAGGUUUGGCAUGUCAUCACGCCUGUAUCUCUUCCAAGGGCCUCAGGACCUCAUGCCUGAG